AUGUCUUCCAACCAGCCCCAACUCGACCUUCUUCCCUACUUCUCUCCGCCGCCCCCUCUCCCUCCCCCUCCCUCCUCCCCACCACCACCACCUUACCCGUCUCUCUCACCGCCAUAUUCUCCGCCAUCGCCGACACAUUCUCUGCCAUCGCCAUCGCCGCCGCAUUACCCGCCAUCGCCACCGCACUCCCCGCCAUCGCCGCCGCAUUCUCCCCCAUUGCCGCCACAUUCUCCGCCGCCGCCACUGUCGCCACCGGGUCACCACCACCACCACAGCACGGUGAUAGUGGUGGUGUUCGUGUCGCUGGGGGGUCUCUUCCUCCUCGCCUUCAUGGCCGCCGCCCUCUGCUGCUUAGCCAAGAAGAAGAAGAUGAAGAAGAAAGUGGUGGUGGUGGCUGAAACGGACGUCGUCCACGUCGAGGAUCAUGUCAGGGUCCACGAGAAUAUCUUUCCCGGUCCACACGGCGAACACAUCGUAGUCGUCUCCGUUGACGAGGACCUCCGGGUCAACGAGGAGAUCAAGAGGGCCGAACUCUCCGUAGAGGCGUCCACACACGCUCAGGCUGCGGUAACAGAGGCUCUUCGGGGGCACGAUAGGUCAACCCCCGCCCCGACCUCGAGCCACUGCGUUGACCUCCUCCAUGACCAGAAGAGCCAGACCGAGCCCGACCCCGCUGACUCCCACCGCUGUGAUCCUCGCUGA